AAAUUAAAGCAUAAGCCCUGCAUACACUUUUUAUGACGUUGGAUAGAUCAUCAAGGCACCCUUUAAAAUUAUGGAAAGUACCGAGGCGCCCUUUAAAAUUAUGGACAGUCCCGAGGCACCCUUUAAAAUUAUGGACAGUCCCGAGGCAUCCAAUUCUAAAAUGUGAAAAACUAUUGUAAUACUUUUAUACAAUGCAGCAACAUCCACACAUGUAGGACACCUAACGUUAGAGAUGAUUUAUUCUUCCAAAGCAAAUACACUUUUGCAAACUAG